AGAACACGUAGCUGAUUGGCUGAAAGAAGUGUCACUCAAGCAAGCGCUCUCGCGUUUGUUGAUGCUGCUCUGACAGUUCCUGUUGCAGAGCUGCAGCUACUCUGAGCUGAGCGCUUUCUAAUCUGAAGGCUUCUGUACGGUUUCUUCUGAAUGUCCAAAUACAAACUCUUCCUUCUCCGACAUGGGGAGGGGGCCUGGAACAAGGAGAACCGCUUCUGCAGCUGGGUGGACCAGAAACUGAGCGAGAACGGGGUGGUGGAAGCCCAAGAGUGCGGCAGGCUCCUGAAAGAGCAGGGGUACCAGUUCGACCAGGUUUUUACCUCCAUACUGAGCCGCUCCGUCCAGACGGCCUGGUUGGUGCUGGAGGCCAUGGGACUAGAGUGGGUCCCAGUCACCAAAUCCUGGAGGCUAAACGAGCGGCACUACGGUGCCCUGAUUGGCCUCAAUCGGGCCGAGAUGGCGUUGAACCAUGGCGAGGAACAGGUUAAAUUAUGGAGGCGAAGCUAUGACAUCAUGCCGCCCCCCAUUGAUGAGUCACAUCCCUAUUACGCUGAAAUUUACAAUGACCGCCGAUACAGUACGUGUGACGUUCCAAAGGAGGAACUGCCCAAAACGGAAAGUCUAAAGGAAGUGUUGGACAGACUUCUUCCUUACUGGAAUGAUGUCAUUGUACCAGUGAUCAAGAGUGGCCAAAUGGUCCUCAUCUCUGCACAUGGCAACAGCUGCAGGGCUUUGCUUAAACAUUUGGAAGAUAUAUCAGAAACAGACAUUGUGAAUGUAACGCUGCCCACGGGAAUACCAGUCUUGCUGGAGCUUGAUGAAGAUCUUCGACCGGUCAAGCCCCGUCAGCUUCUGGGCGACCAGGCCAAAAUUCAGGCAGCCAUCAAAAAAGUGGAGGAUCAAGGGAAGGCUAAUGCACAAAAUAAAUAAGGAUUUUCAGAGUCAUUCAGAUAGGAACUGUUGAAACAGAAAGAUUAUUAGUCACUUAGUAUCUUCAGUCAUGAAGCUCCUGGUAAAGAUAGUUUGGGCACAUACUGUAGGGUGUGUCUGAGGUAGACUGGUUUAGUGGCAUUUUAGGAAUCAUGAAGAGUUAUACAAGUCAAUAUUUUGAAUUUUAAGCACUGGUUACUGAUCUAAAAUGCACACUUGGUACAUAUAUUUUGUUAUAGGAAGAGGUCUGUAGACCAAAUAAUAAUGAAAUAUAUAUUGAAAUAAUAUUAUUUAAAAUGAUCAUUUAAUAAUGUGGUGUUAUUUUUUGUUAGCUCUUGCCACGGAAAACCAGUGGUGCCUUCCUUUGGGCAAAAAAUAGGAUCCAUCAGUUGUGUUCUAAUAGAAUUUCGUAUUAAAGGUCAACAUAAGCUUUUAACAAUUACUGUAUUUAAAAACUACCAUACAAGAGUUUAGGGUCAGUAAAAAGUCACUUAAGCUAACCGAGGCUGCAUUUAUUUGAUCGAAAAUACAGUAAAAACAGUAACAAUCUUUAAAUAUAUCUUAAACUGUAAUUUCAUUGUCAUGAUUCAGAAAUCAUUCUAAGGAACUUAACUUAAGUAACUUAAGGAACAUUUAUUAUCAAUGUUGAAAGCAGUUGGAUGGGAAGCAGAAUGGAAUCAUUCUUAAAAUUAAUUAAUAAAUAAUAAUAAUAAAAACAAGCAUAUUAUUCACUCCACUGUCUGGACUUCCAGAUUAAAUCUAAUCUUAUUGAAUUCAUAUUUAUAUUCCACAAAUCAGGUUUAUUAAGCUUACUAUUUAAAAUUCAAACUAGAGACUCCAUUGGAUGUCUGAAGGAUAAUUAUAAAUUAUUUAAAAUAUUUUGUGUUACAUAGCAAUGUUAGCAUACUUUACGUAUACGCAUACGUAUUUUAAAAUGUUUUUUUUUUUUUUAAGGGACAUUUUGUUUUUAUUGAAAAUAUUUAUUAACAGAGAUAUUAAGAUAAUAUGUGUUAAGAAUAAGUUAUGAGUUCAUCAUGCACUGCCAAACGCAACCCACACUAGCUCUUUUGUAUCUCAUUCUUUUCUCCACCAACAUUUACCAACUCAAAUGCAAAGGCAAACCAGUCUUACUGGUGAGUAAAAUCUAGACAUUUUUGUGGUUUAGAAUGUCUGUGCACUGUAAUACCUUUUGUGUAUUUAAUGUUGCUCAACACUGUACUGUAUCUGUAGAGAAAUGUUAUAUGUGUGUUGUUUUUGUUAUAAUGGCCAUAGUGGCUUUCACUGUUACAUGUCUACAUGUUUGACCCCUGUUAUGGCACAUUAUCGCUGACCUAAUGUGGUUUUACUAUCUUUUCCACCACCCAGAAGCACUGGUCUGAUGGGUUUAGCACAUCCCUGAAGCAUUUCCCUUAGAGAUUAAUAUAUAAAAAUAAAGAUUACCGAUAUAAAAGUGUUAA